AUGAAGGUGUUCCUCUGGGUUUAGUAGUCUGCCCAAACAGAUGAUUCUCCUGAAUCCGCCGGUGUUUUGAAUAUUUUCAGGAAUAAAGUUUCGACGUUCGGACUGUGUUUUCAUUUCCAGGCCGGAGAUGAGGACGGUGCUGAUGGUGGCUGAGAAGCCCUCCCUGGCCCAGUCAAUUGCAAAGAUCCUUUCUAAAGGUAGCUGCUCUAGCCGCAAAGGCCUCAACGGAGCAUGCUCAGUGCACGACUACACAGGGAGCUUCAUGGGCCAGAACGUGCGCUUUAAGAUGACAUCUGUGUGUGGUCACGUCAUGAGUCUGGAUUUCACUGGGAAAUACAAUAACUGGGACAAAGUGGAUCCAGCGGAGCUGUUCAGCAAAGCACCAACUGAGAAGAAAGAGGCGAACCCUAAACUCAACAUGGUCAAGUUCUUACAGGUUGAAGCCAAAGGUUGUGACUAUGUUGUUUUGUGGCUGGAUUGUGACAAAGAAGGAGAGAACAUUUGUUUUGAGGUCUUGGAUGCCAUUCAGCCAGUGAUGAAUAAGCUGUAUGGUAAUGAACGUACUGUUUACCGGGCCAAGUUCAGUUCCAUCACUGACACGGACAUCUGGAAUGCCAUGAACCGGCUAGGAGAACCCAAUAAGAACGAGGCUCUGUCUGUUGAUGCUCGGCAGGAGCUUGAUCUCCGCAUUGGCUGUGCUUUCACACGGUUCCAAACCAAGUACUUUCAGGGAAAAUAUGGGAAUCUAGACUCCUCUCUCAUCUCUUUUGGCCCAUGCCAGACACCAACUCUGGGCUUCUGUGUAGAGCGUCAUGACAAAAUCCAGUCUUUUAAACCUGAGACAUACUGGGUCAUCCAGGCCAAGGUAUUCAAAGGGAAGGAGAGUCCAAUCACCUUGGACUGGGACCGUGUGCGUGUGUUUGACAGAGAAAUCGGACAGAUGUUUGUCAACAUGACCAAGACAGGCAGAGAAGCUCUGGUUGAGUCAGUCAGUAAGAAAGAGAAAGCCAAGCAGAGACCUCUUGCCUUGAAUACGGUGGAGAUGUUACGAGUGGCCAGUUCUGCAUUGGGAAUGGGUCCCCAGCACACUAUGCAGAUAGCAGAGCGCUUGUACACACAGGGCUACAUCAGCUACCCUCGCACAGAGACCACACACUACCCUGAAAACUUUGACCUCAAGGGGACACUUAGGCAGCAGGCGAACAACUCCAACUGGGCUGAGACGGUUAAAGCCCUACUCUCUGAAGGCAUAAACCGGCCAAGGAAAGGAGCGGAUGCAGGAGACCACCCGCCAAUUACCCCUAUGAGGUCUGCCUCUGAGAGUGAGCUGGGCAGUGAUGGGUGGCGUCUGUAUGAGUACAUCACACGCCACUUCAUAGCCACGGUCAGCCAUGACUGCAAGUACCUCCAGACCACUAUCACCUUCAGAAUCGGCACAGAGGGAUUCUCCUGUACUGGGAAGGCUCUCAUUUCGGCCGGUUUUACUGAGAUCAUGCCAUGGCAGGGCAUUCCACUGGAGGAGGCUUUGCCAGCAUGUGAGAAAGGAGAUGCCUUUACUGUGGAUGAGAUCAAAUUGCUGGAGAAACAGACCAGCCCACCAGAUUACCUCACUGAGGCUGAACUCAUCACUCUCAUGGAGAAACAUGGCAUAGGUACUGAUGCUAGUAUCCCUGUCCACAUCAAUAAUAUCUGUCAAAGGAAUUAUGUAACCGUGGAGAAUGGGCGCAAACUGAAACCAACCAAUCUGGGAAUCGUCCUGGUUCAUGGCUAUUACAAGAUAGAUGUGGAGUUGGUGUUGCCCACCAUCCGCAGUGCAGUGGAGAAGCAGCUGAAUCUCAUUGCUCUGGGGAAAGCAAACUACCACCAGGUUCUCCAGCACACGCUGGACAUCUUUAAGAGGAAGUUUCACUACUUUGUGGACUCCAUCGCUGGUAUGGAUGAGCUGAUGGAGGUGUCCUUCUCACCCAUUGCUGCUACUGGGAAGCCUCACUCACGCUGUGGAAAGUGUCAUCGGUUUAUGAAAUACAUUCAGGCCAAGCCGAGCCGCCUGCACUGUUCUCAUUGUGAUGAAACGUACAGUCUGCCUCAGAAUGGAGCUAUUAAGCUCUAUAAGGAGCUGAAGUGUCCUCUGGAUGAGUUCGAGCUUGUGUUGUGGACCUCCGGUUCCCGCGGCAAGAGUUAUCCACUCUGCCCCUACUGCUUCAGCAACCCCCCUUUCAGAGACAUGAAGAAAGGUAUGGGCUGCAACGAGUGCACCCACCCGUCCUGCCCACAUUCUCUCAAUUCUCUUGGGAUCGGUCAGUGUGUGGAGUGUGAGACAGGCGUGCUCGUCUUUGACCCGAACUCUGGCCCAAAGUGGCGCAUGGCCUGCAACAAGUGCAACGUGGUGGUGCAUUUCUUUGAGCAGGCCUACAAGGUGCAGGUGUCCCAGGACAGCUGUGAGUCGUGCGAGGCUUCACUGGUGAUGGUGGACUUCCAUAAGGCUCGCUCGCCGCUGGCCGAAGGAGAGACGCAACACACCGGGUGCGUUUUCUGCGACACCGUCUUCCAGGACCUGGUGGAGCUCAAACACGCCACCAUGCGGCAUCCCAUGCACCGAGGAGGCGGGGCUCGCAGGGGAAGGGGGCGGGGUCGAGGGAGGCGGCCUGGCGGACGGGGGAAUCCUAAAAAACCGAAAGACAAAAUGGCAGCCUUGGCAGCGUACUUCGUAUAAGGACUGUAAAUGUGUGUAUAGAAUGUCCUACUGCACUAAAGGAAAACGAAGCCAAAACUGAUAUGUGAGCGUUACCCAUAAAAUAGGUAGAAACAUCAAUAAAAAAGUUAAAAUAGA